UAAUACUCUUGCAUUCAUUGGUUUUCAACUAGCUAGUUUUACACGUUAUUAUUCCAACUUUUCUCUGGCCCUGUAGAAGGUCAAAUAUACCGCCCAAGAACUGCAACUACAAGCGGUAAAUCAUCUUCUGCAUAAGUUCAAAUAUAUAUGCAUUACAUCAACAGAGUAAUCAAGAUUAUUGAGAACAAAUUCUCUUUCGAAUUUUUCGAAUAACAUCGAUAAUUAUUGGUUUCCGACGAGAAGAAAAUCAUGAGGAAGCUUAGAAUUUGGGAGACGUUAUUAAGUUACUCAAUAGGGAUGAAGAGAAAGGGAAGAUCAAUACUUCUUGGUUUUGGUUUCGUCAUUGGAGCUUCAGUGCUUAUUCUUACAGUUAUUUGUUUCUUGUUCCCAUCAAUUUCUCCGUCGCUGAUGAAUCCACUGCUUCAAACAAAUCUUGAUAAAUACUAUAUCAAAUUUUCAUUUCCCUAUUGGUUGUCCUCUUCCAGUAAUUUGACAAAUAAUACUACUAGUAAUACUACUGUAUCUCCUCCACAUUCUCUCUCUCCGCCUCCGUCUGCUUCUUCUCCUUAUUCUAUAACUCCGCCUCCUUCUACAUCUUCUCCUUAUUCUGUAACUCCAUCUCCGUCUCCAUCUUCCCCUUAUUCUACAUCAUCGUCCCCAUCUCCGUCUCCGUCUUCCCAUUAUUCUAUAUCCUCGUCUCCUUCUCCAUCUCCAUCUUUCCCUGAUUCUAUAUCCUCGUCUCCGUCUCCGUCGUAUUCACCCCAGUCUCCGACUCUUUCUCCUUCACCAGAGCUAAUAAAAAAUCACACCGAUAACAGCCAAACGGAAACGAAUUACGGAGAAACCAACCGUUCUAAGAAUUCAAGUACUAUUGCUAUUGAUACUCCUAAAGUUGGAGGACCGGUGGUUCCAGAAGAAAAAUCUAUUACAAGGCUAACCCCAGGGAAUGUUUCUACUGGAAGUAGUAAUAAAUCAAAUGAGAAGAAACAAGGAAAUGGUGAUAAUUGUGAUAUUUCCGACGGUGAAUGGGUUCGGGUCAAUGAUCCAAUCAUACAUUAUCCUCCGGGUUCUUGUCCGUACCUCGAAAAACAACCUUUCGACUGUCACAGUAACGGGAAACCUGACAAUGAAUACCUAAACUGGCAAUGGCAGUGGAAAUCUCACCCAAGAAAUGCAGGGUGCAGUAAUAACAUUCCCAGCUCCCUAAAUGCGACCGAUUUCCUCGAGAGGUUGAGAGGCAAGAAAUUGGUGUUUUCAGGGGAUUCUUUGAAUAGGAAUAUGUACAUGUCUAUGAUAUGCAUCUUUUGGAGCGUAAUUUCGGACAAAAGCAGAAUUGUUAGGCCUUCUAUGUAUUCAGAUUACAAGACAAGGGGAGAUAUGUCUUUAAUAUUCAAGGACUACAACUGUUCUGUAGUAUUUGUGUGGUCGCCGUUUCUCGUCAAUGAAACAAAUUCUAAGACGCGUAGAAUGAGGUUAAGACCAUUGGUACCAGAGGUAGAGACUAUGAGAUUGGACCAGAUUGACGGGAUCGCAGCAAACGUGUAUCAAGAUGCUGACAUUGUAAUUUUUGAUUCAUGGCAUUGGUGGAAUACCGAGAAAACUAACAAUGGAAUCAACUACUUUCAAGAAGGCAAUUACUUAUACCCCAAAAUGGGUUUGGAUGUAGCAUACAAGAAAGCUUUUACUACUUGGAGGAGAUGGAUUGACAACAACAUUGAUUCUACCAAAACCCAAGUUGUUUUCAGAGGAUUUUCGCUUUCCCAUUUUGUAGGAGGGAGAUGGAACACAGGUGGAAAAUGCAACUUGAAUACGAAGCCAAUACCGACCAUAGAGAAAUACAAAAACCCUGCACCAUCACAUGUGAAAAUUAUAGAAGACGCCCUUCGGCGGAUGAAGACUCCCGUUUUAUAUAUCGAUGUUGGUAAACUAACAUUUUAUCGAGCCGAUGCUCAUCCAUCGAUAUAUGGAAAAAACUACACUGCGCAAGAGAGAAAGGCAGCUAUGCAUCAUCAGGAUUGUAGUCAUUGGUGCUUACCAGGUGUACCUGAUACCUGGAAUGAAUUGUUGUAUGUUAGUCUGUUGAAGGCUGGUAAAGGGUCUUUUGACCCCUCACUGUAAGAAAUGGAUUGUUGGCAUUGUUCCUUGGAAAUAUAACGGAUAGGGAAAUAGAAACAGAGCUUCAACUAGAGUUGCGAAUUUAUACCUUUCACUAAUGUAAGAAAAAGUGGACAUGAUUUCGAAGAUAGGUUGCCACUUCGAGAAAAAAUCUCGUUUCACUGCCAACAUGUGUCCGCCGGAGAAGCUGCACAUGUCUCCGAGUCUGAGUUGUCAAAUUAUAAGGAAAAAACCAAACAGAAUAAGAACAUAAUUUU